AAUCGUUUCAGCGGCACCGGCGCCGCGCUUCACCUCCAUCUUGAUUUCUCGUGAAGCGACCCACCCAGCAGCAGUGUCACAGUAGUACGCUGUGCUCUCGUAUACGGCGGAAGAUCGAGACGAGUCAGGGAAUCGUAACCGGCCUGAAAUCGAAACGACACACAUAGACAUCGUGCGGGGAGUUUUAUAGAGAGUCGACCGAACGAAGGAAGAUGAAGGGGAUGCUGGUGCCCGCACUGCUGGGCGUCUUGAUGGUCUGCCGGGUCCAAGCGGUGUCGGAGAGGCUCGAGUUGGCACCCGCUGGAGGAAGAUCAGAGCCGCAAGUUGCUACGUUAUGCGAGGCUGGAGAGGUGUACCUGGCGCAGCACAUGGGCGAACAGGGACGUUGGGUCUCAUCCGCCGACAAGAAGAGCUGCAUGACGGAUAAGCUAGAGAUUCUCGAAUAUUGCAAGAAGGCUUAUCCGAAGAGAGACAUCACCAAUAUCGUGGAAUCGUCUCAUUACGUGAGGGUUAACGGCUGGUGCAAGCCAGGCAGAACUAAAUGCAAAUUGUCACGUUGGGUCAAGCCGUACAGAUGUCUCGAGGGACCGUUCCAAAGCGACGCGUUGCUCGUGCCGGAAGGUUGCCUGUUCGACCACCUUCACAAUCAGACGAAAUGCUGGGAAUCUCACAGGUGGAACGCGACCGCAGCCGACACUUGCAGAGAGAGGAAUAUGAACCUGAGGAGUUUCGCGAUGUUGUUGCCCUGUGGAAUAUCGCUGUUCUCCGGCGUCGAAUUCGUGUGCUGCCCGAAACACCUCAAAGAAAAUAUGAAAGCCAAGAAACCGAUCGACCUGCCGAUUCCCAAGGGUAUGGACGAGGAUCUCGACGAAGACGAGGAUGAUCUCGAAGAUGACGAUGGCCUGGACACCGACGCAGACGACGAAGAUGACUCUGAAGCUGAUCCCGAGGACGUGCUUAGCGAUCAACCCGACGAUGACGAGAGCGACGAAGAAUAUCUCGACGAUUACAAUUACGACACCACGACGAGUCGAUUGUCAACGACAGUUUCAACCACGGAGAAACCGAAACAGGACGUGACCGCGAUGCCGUUGCCAGUUAGCACCAGCACACAACAGUCCUCUCAAUCGCAGAGCACACCGGAUCCGUAUCUGACUCAUUUCGAUCCUCGUUCCGAGCACCAGAGCUACAAGCAAGCACAAAUGAGGCUGGAAGAGGUGCACAAGGAGAAAGUAACGAAAGUGAUGAAGGACUGGAGUGAUCUCGAAGAGAAAUAUCAAGACAUUCGUGCCCAUGACCCGGUCGCAGCUGAUGCUUUCAAACGAUGGAUGACCGCGCGAUUCCAGGAAACCGUUGCUGCUCUGGAAGAGAGCGGUGCCGCGGAGAAACAUCAGUUGAGCGCUAUGCAUCAACAAAGAGUACAAGAAGCUGUUAAACAAAGAAACGAGGAAGCAAUGUCGUGCUACACAGCUGCUCUGAACGAAACUCCACCAAAUAUGCAUCGUAUUCAGAAAUGUCUUCAGAAAUUGCUUCGGGCUCUUCACAAAGACAGGCACCAUACUAUUGCUCAUUACAAACAUCUGCUGGAUAGCAGCUUGGAACAAGCUCAACGCGAGAAGCCAGCAACAUUGGAACACUUGGCAGAGAUCGAUAGAAUUACCAAUCAGAGUCUGUUGAUGCUAGAACGGUAUCCUGAUUUAAGCGCAAAAAUUGGCCGCCUUAUGGAUGAUUACGUUUUGGCCCUCAGGAGCAAAGAUGAGACUCCUGGACUGCUGCUAGCGAUGACACGAGAAGCGGAAGCAGCCAUCUUAGAUAAAUAUCAGGCUGACGUUACCAGUAAGCAGCAAGAAAAAGAGCAUCAAAAACUACUGGAACGAGUACGCAAGGAGCAACGCAAGGCUGAACGUGGCGAGUUACGUACGGAACAGGCGCAACAGGAAGAAAAUGACUCGAUAAAUGACAACAAGGAUAUUCAACAGCCACCAGAGCAACCGUCCGCAGUGGCAGCUAUGCACAGUGAAGGACUUGUAAGGGCAGCUCACAGCAUGACACACGAUAUUUCCCACUCUGAACCGGGUUACUCUGUGAGAAGGGAGAUGUAUCACAGGGAAAGUCGAUCUGUCUACUUCACACUUGCGUUUGCUGGAAUCGCACUUAUGGCUGCAGCAGUGGUAGGCAUAGCAGUAUUCAAAAGACGCAGUGCAAGAAGCCCCCACAGUCAGGGAUUCAUUGAAGUUGACCAAGCAGCUACACCAGAGGAGCGGCAUGUUGCAAACAUGCAGAUCAAUGGAUAUGAAAAUCCUACAUAUAAAUACUUCGAGAUUAAAGAAUAAUUUAAUCACCUCGGUCUACAAGAGAUUUUAUUUGAAACUGGUCUUUAAUUGUCCGUUUUCGCGUAUGUUCUUCAAGAAUGUCAUAGUAUUUCGUUAGUGUAAGAUAACUUUCAGGUUCGAGGUUCUUCCGAAGAUUCCGAAAGUAUACAAAUCUACAUCUUAGUGAUAUAUGGAAUACAAUCUGUCCAUAGGGAAAUAGGUAUUGCGAUACAGUAUCAUUAUGUGAACGUCCCUUUAUGAUAGCUUGCGACGUUAUACGACCACAUUUAAUGAUCUAUGAUAUGUAUAAAGCAAUAUUACAAAACACUGUAGUAGAUAGAAGUGUUACGAGCUAGAACACACGCUCGUACUGCCAGGAUUAUCUGCGAGACAAUUCGAAAGGGAAACAACAUGCCAAUGUGCCAUAUGGGAAGCGCGUAAAGUUGUCUUCGGAAGUAUCUCAUACACGUUGUUUUCGUUUCGUUGUCAUAUAUGUUAUUAACAAACUAAACACAGGAAGGAGCGCUCAUGAUGAAGAAAAAAAAAAGAAAAGGAAUGAAAAGAGAAUCAUUACUCAUAUUAAAUGUUAUACGCGAUACCCUUCGAUUAGAAGGCUGUGGACUAUGAUCAGUUACGAAUUCAUUGUUUUUUUCAGCAAUAGGAAAUGCGUAUGGGAUGGAAGAAACGUAUCUCGUCGAUGACGCAUUCACAGUAUGCGUGCUGUUGCGCUCUUUGCUGUAUAUUUCUGAGUUCUGAUAUUUUUCGAGAUAGUAAAUGGCAAUAAAAGUAAACGCAGCUUAAAUAAUACGUGAAACUAACAAUAAGAAAAAAAGAUGGUAGCAGCGAUAGCAGCUUACACAGUGGCAAUAUAAAAGUAUAAUCCGACUUAAAAGAACAAGAAAUGAUAAGCAUAUUAAAUAAAUAGCACUAUACGAUAAAGAAAUACGUGUAUGCUCUAUACGACACUCUUAAAAUAUCAGAACGGCGAUCAAAUGCACGUUCACCUUCGUGAUUGCAGCUGUUUUUUCAUCUCCGUUCGAUUCCCACUGCCUGAUUUUUUCAGCGACCUUUUCAGUACUUAACGUCUACUUAGAUUAUACAACUUUAUACUUAUAAGAAAUUGAAUCAUGAACGUAUCUAAAGUUCUAACGAGAAGCAAGAUAUUUUAUCAUUCCAUAACAAAAGUCCACUAUCUUAUCGAGGUGCUGUCCGAACGUAUGCACGGAAAAUAUUCGUCAGCUUUGUUCGAUUCGGCCGAGUUAUCGUCGUGUUUCCUUGAUGGAAACGGACGAAUCGAAAGAAUCACGUCGAGGUUGCCGAAUAAGAGGAACAGUUUAACACAGGAGUUUUUUUGAGUGGCAUUAGUACCUCCGAUUUAGGUCGAAUAAGUGGCGACUGUUAAAGGCAAGCGUGUUUCUGUCCUUUUUUUAUUUCAUCGUUUUUUUUUUCUCUCUCGAAAGAUGGUUCAUACAAUAACUAUCUUAGGAUAUUAAUUAUAUAUGAUGACGAUAAUAUAUUACACGUUUAAUGCUUAUAUAUUUGUAUAUGGUCAAAAGGUAGUAGGCUGCGCUUUAGCCAGGGUCGCGUGGGAAAGCAUAGCUUUCGUUUAAUUUCAAUGAAUAUCGCACGUCUCAUUUUUAUUUAGAUUAUAUUUCUUUGUAUUAAUUAAAUUAACCAUAUUUUAAUAUAUACGUAUAUCAAUUCGAUAACCAUUAUGUAUAAUUACGAACAACAAAAAAUAUCAAUAAUUUUAGUCGCGCAAGUAUUAUGUUAAUGACGAUCUUUCAAGAUGCUUCUACUUUAAGUACUAUCUACAUUAAAGAGUUGUACUUGAUUUCUCUCUUUCUCUCUUUCUCUCUGUCUCUCUUUCUAUCGACAAGGUUUCUCUCUUUCUUGUUAAUUUUUUGCUAAAAUAAAUUAAGCGAAUGCGCAAAUCGAGGACAAUGAACAAUAAUCCUUGGAUUCCUAAGCGCACGUGAAACAGCUGCCUUCCUAUUUAGCGGACAUAGUUAAACAUACUGUUUCUCUCACGCAACUCCGGUGAAAGAAUGAGCCAAUGAAAAAAAAAAAAGUAUAUACACAGGCACACACAUUCGCGCAUCGCUGAGUGUUAAAAAUAUUAUUUUAGAUAUAUUAAAAUGAUAGCAAUUAUCCAUAUGUCUAUGGAGAUACAACAAAAGCAUAGCAUCAAUGCGUUAAUAAUAAUAUAAAUAUCUAUAUAUAAAUAUAUAUGUUCAUGUGUGUAUGUGUGUGUGUGUGUGUAAUAUAUGAACAGUAUAUAUACAUAGAUAUAUAUAUAUAUACAUAUGCAUAUACAUGUACACCUAUCAAAUUAACUAUACAUUAUGUACCUAUAGCAUAUAGUCGUUAUAAUGAACAGAAAAAAAAAAACAUUGACACGUCGCGUAUAAAAAAAACUGACUUGAUACGGAUUCACAGAUGUUGAGGAAGAAACAUGUUUUUGAUGAAAAAGGAAAAAAAGACACGAAAAAUGCUAUUCUUUCUUUUAAUCGCGAUAUCAUUCCAAUUAUUAAGUGAUUUUUACCCAUUAUACGACGAAAGAAAAGAAAAGAAUGGAGAUGGUACGCGACCAUAUGUCGAUUGGCCUACGUUGGCGGAUGUGCUGUUGCUCAUCAUACGUUAUAUUUGUCGAAAGAUAUGAUGCGAACAGCACCUGUAGUGCUUGCCAAAUUUAUCUUGCGUACCAUCUUUUGAAUAGCGUAACGCACUUUCGCCAUAGAUAUUGGCAGAGCUUUAUACACGCCAGGAAGAAAGACAAAAGGAAAAGAAGAAAACAGAAGAAGAAACAUCCCUUCGAUCAAAUGUCGAAGUAGAAACAAACAAAAAAAAAAAGAAAAAAUGUUUCUUCAAUGACAAUUGAUCAGGGAAACGCGAACAUAAAUCUGUCAUCAGUAUUAAGGACAAAAAAAGCUUGGGAAGUCCCUUCGAAGCAUAUCAGUUUUAGUCUGUUGGUUUGGCGGCAGCAUCCGUCACACUCUCACUUCAAGAUAUUGUGAAUUUGCAUCGAGCCACUCUGUAUAAGUUUAAGAAUUGAUUUUUGUAAAGAGGUAAUAAAUAUUUACCGAGGUAAUUAAACUUUAGCUUAAAGAAAAGAAAAAAAAAAUGUGGAAAAAAAGAUACGUGAGAAGUGAGGAAUAGGAAGAAGAAGAAGAAGAAGAAGAAGAAGAAGAAGUAGAAGAAGAAGAGGAAGGAGAAGAAGAAGAGGAAACAAAUUUAAGAAUGAAGGAACAAAAUGAGAAAAAUAAAUACGUCCUUUGCGUAGCGGUUCGGACUUAGAAGUCGGCGAAAAUGGGAAUAAUAACGGAACUAAACUUUAUUUUUGCAGUUCUUUCGGUAUAGAUCGAUUCUUACGAUUCUAUCGAUUCAAUCGCGUCUUCGAUGAACUUUAAUAUCGUAACAAUGAUGAGAUGCGAGAGCAAGAUUGUACGUGCAAUAUAUACUCGUGUACACGCCUACACACAGCGCUGUAUUAGUUUUCGAUCUUACUUCCUGCAUUCGUUGCCAUUUGACAACAAAGCGAUCUCAAAGCUUAAAUCAAAGUUCACUUUGGUAUCGCAUUUUUAUAUGUUUUUAUGCGUUGUUCAGUAAUGUAUCGUUUAUCGGCAGCUGAAUAUCUCGACUAAGAUGUUGGCUUUGUGCGAACCGAUUGAUCGACGUUGCAUGGACUUAAUCAGCGUCGUGGUUCGAUAAAAAAUAUCUGAUAUUUCAUAUGAACGCCCACUUGGUCGAACCGAAGCAAAAAAAAAAAAAAAGAAAAAGGAGAAAAAAUCGAGGAAACACGAUGGAUAAUUUUUUAGUUGCCUUUAAUUGUAGGAUCGGAAACUACACGUUUGCUAUAGAACGUUUCUGUGACCGUUCUUCGACGAGUAGAAAAGUUACUAACCGGAGGAUUAAACUAACUCCCCGUCUCCCUCUUUCUCUCCAUCACACAAGGAUUUCUCCUCGCCACUCACAAAUUUUAUCGCAUUAAUACACUCCGUGAAAAGAACGUAUUGUGUUUGUGGAUAUAUGUAAUUUUACUUAUCAAUAAAUAAAUUACAAAGAUAA